UGAUAAUCUGCGUAAACAAAAAUUUAGUAGAAAAAAAAAUUUCAAUCAAAGUUCUUGAUGGUAAACAUUGUUCUUUUGAAAAAAAAAUUAUCUAACGCACGUGUGUGCGUUUUCCUAACAAAACUUAGAAAUUUUUACUCUUUAAAUUUGAUUCAUCAUUGAUUUAAUUCAAACAAUCAUAACGAUCACGUUUGAAUUCGUGAUCAAUAUUCUUCGAACAUUCUAUCGAAAUCUUUUGUUUUUUUUGAUUAAAAAUCCAAUCAAUGUAAUUAUUACGAUGGCGAAAAAAAAUCGUAAACAACAACAACGUCGUGCUCAAAAUAAAAAAUUUGCUCAAACAACAACGAUAAAAUCGAAACGAAAUUCUUCAAAAACAGCUGAUAAUGAUUCUGGUGGUGGUGGUGAAACGAUUGAUUUAUUAAGCGAAAAAAUUGAUGGUGUUACUAUACGAUCAUCUGCUUCAUCCGCAUCAUCAACAUCGAUGCAAGGCCAUUCUUCUUGUUUAAUGAAUCAACCAUCCGGUUUACCUAACCUAGGUAAUACAUGUUAUUUUAAUUCGGUUCAACAAGUAAUGGCACAAACCUAUCUAUUACAUCAUUAUCUACGUGAACGUUGUCAACAAGAUUUUCGUUGGAAUGCACAAACAUUCUAUUGGAAUGAAUCAAAACAAUCAUUUACAAGUGAAUCAUUACAUCUUUCAUUACCACCACCAAAUUCAUUGAUAAUUGAUUUUCUACAAUUACAGGAACAGAUUUUUGCACGAAAAUCAACAAAUCCACGUGCAUUGCUAAGUGAUAUUCAACGUGAAAAACAACAAUUUGAAGGUUAUGCACAACAAGAUGCACAAGAAUUAUUGAUAACAUUAUUGGAUUCAUUGAAAAAAUCUGAAAUUCUACGACAAAAAUAUGCCCUAUUGAAAGGAUUACGAAUUGAAGAUCGUCGUAAUCCAACGGCUGAAGAUCGUGAAAAUGCUCAACGUUAUAAAAUAACAGCAAAACAUACUGUUAUUGAUUCAAUAUUUGGUGGCCAAUUAUUAUCAAUUAUACAUUGUAAUGUUUGUGAUUAUCGUUCAUUUACAUUCGAACCAUUUAUUGAUUUGGCUUUAUCAUUGGAUACUACAUUUCCACAAUCCAAAUUAUCAACGUGUCCACCGAAUGACAAUGUCAAAAAACCUCAACAACAACAACAAUCAACCAAAAUGAAGAAAAAGAAUCGAAAGAAUAAGAAAAACGAUGAAGAUGAUGACGAAUGUGAUGGUGAUGUUGAAAGUUGUGAUGAACAACAAACUGCCAAUGACUAUGACUAUGAUGAUAAAUCAUUGAUUGGAAGAAAAAAACUUCGGCAAGAAAAAAAAGCAGCUCGACGUGCUGAACGUAAACAAAUUAAGCUAAAAAAUCAACAACAACAACGAAACCUUAAGACUGAAAAUGAUGAAAAUGAAAAUGUUUGCAGCAGCAGCAACGAUGAUGAUUCUCAAAAGCCUUGCAUUGAUAAUCAUGAAGAUAAUCAAAUACCUAAUGGUGACAUUACUUGUAGUUCCAGUGAUGAUGAUGAGAAGAUAGCUUCGGAAAUUCUACAAUCCGAUGAUGAUGAUGAUAAGCAAAAUGAACCUAAUAAUUCUCAAGAUUUAUCAGCGAAAAAAAAGAAAAUUAUCGAUGAUGAAUUUCGUUAUAAAUUUCAUUUAUUUGCACAUGAACGUAUGUGUCGAACGGAUGAAGAUUAUCAAAAUAUGGAUCUUGGUACAUUGUUACGUAGUUUCAUUAAAGAAGAAACACUUGAUGGAUCGAAUAAAUAUCUUUGUGAAAAUUGUUCAAAACAAAAUGGUGGUAAAAAAAUCUAUUCAAAAGCAACAAGAUGUCAAUUGAUUGCAUUACCACCACCAAUAUUAAUAUUACAAUUAAAAAGAUUUGAAGCAUCAGGAUUUGGUUUCAAUAAACAUCGUAUGAUGAUGCAUAAAUUGAAUACAAAAAUAUCAUUUCCAUAUCGGUUAUAUUUAUCACCAUAUACAAGUCGUAUUUAUGAAUAUUUUUCACGUUUCUAUGAACCAGAUUGUAAUCCAGAUGAUAUUAGUGAUUGGAAUGAUCGUCGAUUAGAAUAUACAUUAUAUGCUGUUGUUAUACAUUCUGGUUCAUUACGUUUUGGUCAUUAUAUGGCAUAUGUUUGUGUACGGCCUGAAUCAUUUAAUUGCGAAAAUAUUCGUCGUUUUUUACAUCUUAAACCAUUUGUUUCGGAUAUUGAACAUAUUAUGCAAUUUGUACGUGAAGAUCUUGAUCAUAGAAAUGAAAAAUUAUCCGAAACAACCACCAAUAAUCCGAAUAACAGUGAUGAUUCUACUAAUUCUACUUUGAAUGUUACCACCACCACAACUACCAGUGAACCUGAUAUGAAUCAAAAUAAUGUUGACCACGACGACGACGACGAUGAUAAUGAUAAGCAAGAAAAGAAUCGAAAAUGGUAUUUUAUCAGUGAUUCAUCUGUAUCAUCCAUUACAUUGGAAUCAGUGUUAAGAGAUGCAACAAGUCCAUAUAUGUUAUUCUAUGAACGUACCAAAUGAUUUGUUUAUUUUUAUUUAGGAAAAAAGUGAUAUACCAUUAUUGUUGUUGUGUGUUUUUUUGUCUCAAAAUAUUUUGUUUUUUUGAUUAUCU